AUGGCCUCCAACGCCCAAAAAACCUUCAAACUCUCUACUGGUGCUCAGAUCCCUGCCAUUGGCCUGGGAACCUGGCAAGAUGAGGCUGCCCAGGAGGCAGCGGUUCUUGUAGCCCUCCAGGCAGGGUAUCGCCAUAUUGAUACGGCAAGAUGCUAUGGCACUGAGCCUGCUGUCGGAAAAGCCAUAAAGGAAAGUGGCAUACCUAGGAGCGAGAUCUUUGUUACCAGCAAACUGUGGAACAACAAACACCAUCCUGAUGAUGUUGGUCCCGCAUUACAGGAUAGCUUGGAUGAUCUGGAUCUGGACUACCUUGAUCUAUUCCUGAUGCACUGGCCUGUUUCUUUCAAACGAGGGGAUGAUCCAUUCCCUUCUGAUAAAGACGGCAAUCUGAUAACCGAAGGAAUUGAUUACGUCGAUACCUAUAAAGCAAUGGAAGCCCUGGUCAAAUCCGGUAAAGCUAAAGCUAUUGGGGUUUCUAAUUUCUCCCGGCAGGAAGUUGAGCGUCUUCUUGCCAAUGCGACGAUUAAACCAGCAGUGCACCAGAUGGAGCUACAUCCCUGGCUUCAACAAAAGGAUUUCUUCGACUUCCACCAGAAGCAUGGCAUUCAUGUGACACAGUAUUCGCCAUUCGGCAACCAGAAUGAAAUCUAUGGUUCCCGCGAGGCACAUGGUCAGCUGGUUAAUGAUGAGACUUUGGUCGAGAUCGGGAAGAAGUACGGAAAGACUUCGAACCAAGUCGCCUUAGCCUGGGGUAUCGCACAUGGCCGUUCCGUCAUCCCGAAAUCAAAGUCGCCAGAGCGGAUCACACAAAACUUUGAUAUCGCCUUCAAAUUGGAAUCCGAAGAUAUUGAAAAGAUCGACUCGAUUGACAAGAAGAUUCGGUUCAAUGACUCGAGCAAAGACUUUGGUUAUGAAUUGUUUUCUGAUCUUGACGGGAAGCAGAAGUGA